AUGACAUGCAAGAGACUAUUUUCUUUUAUUUCAAAAAAUCUAAUCAAGAAUGCUCAUUGUCUGCUUCAAGUAUCGGAAAUAGACGUACAACUACAACAUCAACACUUUUCAAAUCAAUAUUGUCUUUUGGGUAAAUCAAUAGAAACUUUUACAAUCGACCUACCAAAUCAUUUUGUGGAAAAUACAUGGGAGUUUCUUCAAGCUGAUCACUAUUCAAAGAUACAAAGUUUGAAAUUCGAAUCAAAGUGGCAAUAUUCAAAACUGCCUAGUCCUACCAAACUAUUCCUCGGGUUGGUUGGUUUUGAAUAUCUUACUUGUUUGAAUCUAUCAAAUUUAGAACUCGACACGGACAGUGGAAUAGCUAUCGACGAUUUAAAGAAUAUACCACUUCAAAAGUUAUACUAUAAUUUCAAAGACAAUCAAUUUCUAUUCAAAGCACAUCGAGAUGGUGGUGAUAAAGAUGAUCCAAAUGAAUGGCCACUAACAAAAUCAUUGGAAGCAGUAUCAAUUAACUCAUUUGAUGUCAUUCCAAUGUUGGAUAGAUUACCAAAACUCAGACAUCUAAGAAUCAUUGUCGGUGGUAGAUAUCAUUAUCUGGAUGUGGCUGAACUACAAUCAACCAAUCUUCCACCUUGUGUCACCAAACUAUCAUUCACCGAUUCUACUAUUUAUAGCCGUCCAUUUAUUUCACAUCAAAACAACUUUCAAUUUAUUGGCACCUUUUACACAAGUACUCAAGAUAAUGGUAUCGUUCAUUACAAAUGGGUUUAUAUUAGAAAGAAUAACUAA